AUGCAACCGGGAAAGCAGCAGUCGGCUGCGGCCCGCAGGCGUGCCACGUGGCAGGUGGGGCGAUUCGGCUGCAGAGGCAGCCGGUGGGUGCGGUGGGCGACGCUUCUGCUAAUCCCCGUGGCAUAUCUUCUGACUCUCCGCAUCUACCUCCGCCUGCACCCGGGCGACGCGACCAGCCACGUCAGCGGCGCGGGCCACCACAUGUCGCUGCUGCAUCUGCGCCUCAAUCCCCGCGGAAUGCGCGCGCUCAUCCGCGGCCAGGCGGCGGACGUGGGCAGGGGGAACGGGACGGCGGCGGGAGCGGGUGGUAGUGGGGGAAAAGCGGCAUUGGAUGCGCUGAUGGCGGAAGGCGGCGCGGCGGUGAAGGGAAAGGCGGGGGGCGCAAUGGGCGCUCAGAGCGCAAUGGCGCAGCUGGUGGCGGGGGAGGGGGAAGGGAAUCGGACUGGCGCAGGAGGAGGGGGCGGGGGGAGCGGGGGAGAGGAGUUGCGGAUGUGGCGGAGAGAGUGGCUAAAGGAGGGGCGCGCGCGGCGCAGGGGAGCGGAUGCCAUGCGGAGGAGGGGCGAAGGGGGACAGCAAUGGCGGGGAUGGGGGGGAUAUGGCCCCGAAAAUAAGGCGAAGCGUGGGAUCAUGUCCCCCCCCCUCCUUUUCUACCCCCUUUCCCCCUCCCCACUCGUCCCUUCCCCAGCCCCCUCCACGAGUGGCCAUCUGUCUGGUGGGGGGAGCGCGGGAGUUCCACCUGACGGCGCCCACGUUGCAGCGCCACCUGCUCUGCUCCUCCCCUUUGGGGCUGCUCAAGCCCCCACCCCCCGAGUGGCCAUCUGCCUGGUGGGCGGAGCACGGGAGUUCCACCUGACAGCGCCCACGCUGCAGCGCCACCUGCUGCCCGCCUACCCCUCGGCGCACGUCUUCCUGCUCGCCCCUCUCGACCACUCCGCCCACCGCCUCUCCCUCCUCGCCUGGCCCCACCUCGGCGCCCCGCGCUUGGGGGAACUUGGGGGAAGCGGGGGGGGAGCAGGGGGAGCGGGGGAAGGGGUGGGGGAAGGGGAUGGGCGGUGGGGCGGAGAUUUUCCGGGAUACUCCCUGGUGCAGGUGAGUGUGCUGCCGGACGUGCCGGUGAAUGAGACAAAAAUCACCGACCGGCUGCUGGAAGUGGUGGAGGGGAGCGAGGCGCAGACGCGGCAGGGGCUGAUGCAGCAGUUUAAAGCCGUGGAGCUUUGUGUUACCGCCAUCACGCGUUACGAGAAAACCCACGCGAUUCGAUACGAUUGGAUUCUGCGAACCCGCGUGGACGGGUACUGGAUGGGGCCGCCGCCGCCCCUGGCGGUGCUGGAUCCGAUUUCGUACACGAUUCCGGGCGGCAGCGACUGGGGCGGGCUGAACGACCGGCUGGGGAUGGGCGGCAGGAAGGCAAGCUGGAAGGCGCUGAGACGGCUGAGCGUGCUGCGGCCGCUGGUGGAGCGCGGAGGGUACAGUGAACUGAACGCAGAAAGGGUGUACCUGGCCCAGAUGGCGUUCCUGCAAGUGCAGGUGAGGCGGGAAUGCAAGCGGGUCAAAGGUGCUGGGAAGGCUGAGUGUGUUGCAGCUGCUGGUGGAGCGCCGGGGAUGCAGCAAAGUCAAUCGGACGCGGGUUUACCUGGUGCAAAUGGCGUUCCCACAGGUGCAGGCAAGGGCAGGCUGAUGCGAGGCUGUGAAGCGGGUGAGCGGGCUGCAGAGGCAGCAGUGUGGUUGAGUGGGGGAGGAACACUCUUUACGGCUGGGCGCCUGGAGCAGUCUGAUUGGUGGGCAGGAGGGAGGGGAGGGGGCAGGGGGUGCGUGAUGGCGUUUCUGCAGAAAAGGGGGAAGGUGGGAGAGGUGGGGGGAGGGAAAGUGGGGAGAGAGGGGAGAUGGGCGGGGAAUGAGGAGCGCUUGUGGCUGGUUGUGAGAAAGAGCUCGGUUGUGGUAGCGCGUUACGACUUUCCCUUCUGCAUCCUCAGCCGCAAGAAGGGCCUCCCAGCCUUCCCCGUCGCAGCCGCCCUCUCCUCCACCUCUGCCGCCCUCAACGGCGCCAAGUGCCGCCCCUGCCGCCCCACCGUGGUCGGCGGGCAGGCCGCAAAAUACAUCCUCGCGUUGCCCGAGCGGAUCUUUGGCGCGCAGCCCCACGGGAUCGACCUGUGCCGGGCAGAAGACGACUGGGCGGCAGACUGGCGCGAAAUCUUCGAUAAAGACGCGGGAGAGGUCCCCGCCGCCGCCCGGCAAUACAUGGAAACGCGAACCUUUGACGAGUGCGUGGACGACUGGCGCUACUUCCACCAGCAGGUCCCUGUCUGGAACGCCCCUCCCCCUGUCUCCAUCUGCGUGCGCGGGCUUCUGGGCAAGUUCCACAAGAUGGGGUACCCGGGGGGGGAUUUCCCGGUGUUUCUGGACCCGUGGGUGGGGGCGCGGGGGGAGGCGAGGGGGAGGAAGCCGGUGGUGUAUUCGGCAGUGGCUGGGGUGGACUACAGCUUUGACUGGGCGCUGAUGCGCAAGCUGCGGUGCCGCGUGCACGCGUUUGAUAGCACGCCUGAGGGCAUGCGGUGGAUCGGGGACAAGAUUGACAACCUCCCGCCCGCCUCCUGGGUGCACCAUGCGUGGCUGCUGGCGCCUCACGACCGCCCCCUGCAGAGUGCGACAGCGGCGGCUGUAGCCUGUGACCCCAUGGUUGUUUCCUCUGCCAUCACCAUGCCUCCAUCUCACCUCACCAUCCGUGCCUCCAUGUCUCCCCAUCACCAUUGUUCAUGGUCCCUCCCUCCCCCACAACCCCCCUUCUCACCGUGUCCGCCACCAGGCGAGGAGCACCCUGUAGAAUACGCCAAAGACCCCCCCACUCCGCCCCCUCUUCCUGCCGUCCACCCCCAGGUGUACCCGCUAGACAUCGAGGAGCACCCCGUUGAAUACGCCGUGGCCCCGCCGCCCGGCAUGGACGGCUCGUCGCUGCCGCCGCCCAUCCAGGUGGAGGCGAUGACGGUGGAAGGCACCAUGAAGCUUCUCAACCACUCCAUCGUGGACAUCUUGAGGAUCGGCGGCCACGUGUCGCUGCAUGAAGCGAUCUUCAAGGCGUGGACUCACGCCAAGCGCGCCCCGCCCGUCUGCCAGGUGUGUACUGGGGUGGGGACUUUUGAGGCGCCUCCAAAAGUGUCGCUGCAUGAAGCGAUCUUCAAGGCGUGGAGUCACCAGAUGCCGCCCUACGACAUGGGGUGCGACGGCGCUCCUCUACGCAAGGCCUUCAGCACUCCCAAGCCCAACCGCGUCGCCCGUUCGCCGAGUCCUGUCCCCCAGAAGUCGGUGCUGCAGGCGCCAGCGCGGCCGGCUCAGCCACAGCAACCCGUGCUCCAGUCGCAAGGAUCCUUCGGUCGACAGCAGCAGCCGCCGCUCUACGUUCCCCUCCAGCAGUCCGGUGCCGCCGCGCCGUACAAAGUCGAUGGUAUGGCUGAGUUGACCGCUGCUGCCUCCGCUCCUCCCGCCGUCGCUCCCGGCGGCCUUCCGUCACCAAAGUCGGUGUUCGCUAACCAUCCCGGCUCGCCGCAGCGCAACGUGGUCGAAAGCCUCUUCAAGCCGGUCGCACCCGCCGUAGAACUCACCCGGCCCGGUUCUCCCGCCGGCGAAGCUACAACCACACAGCUCAAGCCGUUUGGGUGGAACUCGCUGUUCAAAGCGGCGGAGGUGGGCAACAUGGUGAUGCAGCAGCAGACGGCGAUGCAGGUGGCGCAGAUGACGCAGCAGAUGAAUCACAUGCUGGCGGAAAUCACCGCGCUCCGCUCAACCGUGGCGGAGCUGCAGGUGCAGGUGCAGUGCGCCAAGGCGCAGGCGCAGUCGCAGGCGGUGGCGCAGAGCGAGGCGCGCGGAGCGCUGAAGGAGAGCACGCAGCAGGUGAAGGACGCGCUGCAGGAAGGGCUGCUGGACGUCAAGGAGCUCAUCUCCUUCAAGGACGCGCAGCAAAAGGCGCGGCUGUUCAACUCGUUCAGCACGCGCGACCGCGACCCCAUGGAGCGCGUGCCUAACGACGCCGGCGAGCUGCCGGUCAGGUUCCCAGCUACCCGGAAGGAGCUGACGGCCAUGUCGCUGGACACGAUGCAGUACCUCUUCGAGUUCUACCAGCUGCCCAAGGAGCCGCAGGACACUCUCUACGACCGUCUGAUGAAGCACAUUGGCGUGCGUGUGUAG